AUGCAGCCUGGUCAAAGUGCCGCAAGCGAGGCCUCACCCUCCGCUACAGCAUUUGCGGUCGUCGCGGGCUCAGGCGCUAUCUCGCUUCACGCGUCCGGUUGUCGCCUGGAUGCGCCCGCGAUGACGUUGCUGCCCACCGCUCGCGUCCGCGUGUUGAAUCGCUCCGGGCAGGCAAUUGAGGCCCGCGCUCUUCUCGAUCUCGGCGCGGAGCUCAUCCUUGUCCGUGAAUCGUUCGCGCAGCUCCUGCGGUGUCCUCGUCAUCGCGCGAGCAUUCCUCUACUCGAAGUCGGAUCCUUACCAUCGUACACCACGCGCGGCGCACUUGCUCUCCGAUUGCAGUCCUGCGUCGACCCCACGUUUGGGUUCGACGCUGCUGCUUACGUUGUGCCUCGCGUGAUAAGGCGGGCGCCGGGAGAGGAGGUGGACCCAACUGCGUGGAGCCAUCUGGGCAAUCUGCCUCUGGCUGAUCCAACCUGGUAUAAACCUGGACCGGUGGACCUCAUCCUUGGCUCGGACGUCCUUGGCCACCUAUUCGGCGAAACCUUCCGGCGUGGUACUCCGCGACAGCCAGUCGCGCAGCAUUCCAAGCUCGGCUGGGUAAUAUACGGCCCGUCUGGCGUGGUGCCGAAUCUGUCCACGCCCACUGCAUCGCCGUCGCACGGCACUAGCAAUUGCCCAGAACGGGAGCUCGAGACUCUACUUCACCAAUUCUGGACGCAGGAGGAAGUCGCAGCCACGUCUCAAUCCGCACUCACGGAGGAUGAGGCUCACUGCGAGGCGCAUUUUCGUGACACCCACCGGCGCUCCGCAUCAGGCCGAUACAUUGUCCGCCUACCGUUUAAAACCUCUGUAUCAUCUCUCGGUGGCUCUCGCUCGCGCGCGGAGCGUACUCUCAGCCGACUGCAACAGCGCUUCGCCUCCAAUCUACGCCGAUUUUCUCCAGGAAUACGAGACUCUCGGCCAUAUGGUUAA